UCACUGCAAUGUCUCAUAUUACUAAGUUUCCGUUCCAAAAUUCUUCUUCUUCUUCAUAUUCGCUAUCAUCUCCUUUCAACUCCACCCGGACAAUCCCAUCACCGACCCUAUUGCUUGUUAACACUAAAUGCCCUGCACGAUCAGAAGCAUACCAACACUUUCAAUACCGACCUACGAUUUGGGAUUAUAAGCAUUUUGUUGAAUCACCCAUGACUAACUACUCGGUAAAGCCAGACACUGAAUUACGGGUGAAGAAGAUAGAAAAACAAGUGAAGGGCAUGCUUAAGAAGGUAGUGAAACCUAUGGAAAAAGUUGAAUUGAUCCAUAUUAUUCUAAGUCUCGGAAUGAGUAACCUUUUUGAGAAAGAAAUCCACGCAAUCCUGGAGAACAUGUACCAUGACAAUGCCCAUAGGACCAAAGAUAACUUAUAUGCAACUUCUCUCAGAUUUAGGAUUCUUAGGCAUUAUGGUUUUUAUGAAUCCCAAGAUAUUUUUGAUGAAUUCAGAUAUGCCAAAGGUGGGUUCAAGGAAUCAAUUAUAGAAGAUACGAGGGGAAUGUUAAGUUUAUUUGAAGCGGCACAUCUGCUUUUGGAAGGCGAAAGUAUCCUAAGUGAGGCUAUCUUCCUCACAAGAAAACAUCUAUUAAACAAUGGACGCAACAACGACACUAUUAAUGUUAACCUAGCUAAACAAGUUCAACGCUCUUUGGAGACCCCAGUUCAUUGGAGGGUUCAAAGAUUAGAAACUAGAUUUUUCAUUGAUGCAUAUGAGGAUCAAAAAGAUAUGAAUCCUCUUCUUCUGGAACUAGCUAAAUUAAAUUUCAACAUGGUACAGGCUCAACACAAAAUGGAACUCAGGCAUAUAUCAAGCUGGUGGAUUGAUAUGGGGAUUGCAAAGAAAUUGAAUUUUGCAAGAGACCGAUUAGUUGAGUGCUUCCUAACAAAUAUUGGGAUUUGUUGGGAGCCAAGAUAUGAACCUUGCAGGGUAUGGCUCACCAAAAUUCUAAGUUUUGCUUUAGUAAUCGAUGACAUCUAUGAUGUUUAUGGAUCAUUAGAAGAACUUGAAUUAUUUACCGAUGUUAUUGAGAGGUGGGAUUGCGAAGCGGCGGAAAAAUUGCCAUAUUACAUGAAGACAUGUUUCUUAGCUGUCUACAACACCGUCAAUGAAAUGGCUUUCGACAUACUGAAUGAGCAACAAUUUGACAUCUUGCCGCACUUGACCAAAUUGUUGGCCAAUUCGGUGAAGGCAAUGUUAACGGAAGCUAAAUGGUGUCAUAAAGGAUACCUACCAACUUUUGUGGAAUAUCAGCACAAUGGCUCAGUUUCAUCUUUCGGAUAUGUUUUUCUAAUGGUUGCGUAUUUCACGACGAACCAAAAUAUCAACGAUGGUGUAUUACAUGCCUUGGAAAAUAAUCAUCCUCUUCUCUACUCUUCAUGUUUGUUGUGUCGACUUUCAAAUGAUCUGGCAACCUCAUCGGCGGAGAUAAAAAGAGGUGAAUUUGCAUCAUCCAUAUACUGUUAUAUGCAAGAAAAAAACAUCUCGGAAGUGGAUGCCCGUGAACAUGUAAAAGGCCUAUUCAUAGUAACAUGGAAAGACAUGAACCGGUUCCUGUUUGAUUCAUCUCCAUUUGAUCGUUCAUUCGUCAACUUGGUACUAAAUUUUGCAAGAACAUCUUUGUUUAUGUACCAAUAUGGAGAUGGACUUGGAGUAGAACAUUCAAAGAGUAUAGAGCAUGUUUUGUCUUUGAUAGUUAACCCAAUUCACAUUGAAGAUCAUCCUUCCCCCAAAAGUCAUUUCAAAUCCUCCGUGUAUUAAGCUGUUUUCUUGCGUGUGCAUGUACCGCUUAUAAAUCGAGAGUUACCGAGAAAGACCAACUAUUUUUAAAAUUCCGCGAAAAGAUUGUUGAUGAUAUAUAUAAGAGUAUAAAAUAUUAAGGCCGCUGCUUCGUAUAGCAGGGCAGUUAAAAAUCAAGAAAUUUGCAUCUUGGGUAAUGUAACAACAAAAGCUCUCCGGCACCAAUUAAAAGAUCACGAUU